GCGUGACGCGGACGCAGCGAAGGGCGCGGAGAGGACGAGUUCCGGCAGCUUUCCGAGCUGACUCUCGGAAACGUACCCCACUCGGCCUUUGGUGGGCAGACACUGACUGGUAGCCCAGAGGAGUGGUAGAGCUGUUGCCAUAGUAACUCUGCUACUAGAUGUAGUCAAAGCAUUGACUUGCUUCCUUCAGCAACCCAGAGUUGAACUCCCGCAGGUUCCAGACCCUGAGCUUGGCACAGUGGGGCUCUCUCAAGAUUUAAAGUAGCAUGGAUCUGCCCGUGGAUGAGUGGAAAUCAUACAUACUUCAGAAGUGGUCUUUGCUCCCCAAGUCCAUUCAGGUUACAAUUUCUACAGCAGAGACUCUAAGUGAUCUCUUUCUUCACUCAUCUUCGCUUCUUCAACCGGAGGAUGAGAUGUUUUUAAAAAGGCUUUCUAGAGGUUACCUUGUUGGAAAGGACCCCAACGCUCCCCUUUUCUACAGAGAAGAAGGAAACAAAAAAUUUCAGAAGAAGGAUUAUAUGGGAGCCACAGUGCUGUACUCUAAGGGAGUAUCGCAUUCAAGGCCCAACUCUGAGGACAUUUCACUGUGUUACGCCAAUCGCUCUGCAGCCCUCUUCCACCUGGGUCAGUAUGAAACAUGCCUUAAAGACAUCGUCAGAGCACAGACGCAUGGAUAUCCAGAGGGAUUGCAACCCAAGUUGCUGUUGCGUAAGGCGGAGUGUCUGGUGACCCUGGAGAGACCACACGAGGCAAGCCAGACCAUCAGUGAUCUUGAAAGUAACUUUGCUGCCAAACCAACCCUAGCAGCUUCCCAAUUUCAGAUUCUGCAGAGAACCCUCUGUCGUCUGAAAGUAAAGGUACAAGAAAAGGGGAAUCUCACAGAAACCUCCCCAGCAGCUCUAACCAAAGCCUUUGAGGAUAUGGACCUAAGGGAAGAGAAUGAACAAAUUUCCAACACAUCAUCAUCUGUCAGCUUAUGUACGGACCCUUUAAAAGGCCGCUAUCUGGUUGCCACAAAAGAUAUUCUCCCAGGAGAGCUUCUGGUGAAAGAGGAUGCUUUUGUGAGUGUCCUUAACCCAGGAGAAAUGCCACCAUGGCAUCAUGGCCUCGAGAGCAAGUGGGAUACCAGAGCUACCAAUGCGGACCUCUACUGUCACCGAUGUUUGAAGCACACUUUGGCCCCAGUUCCCUGUGAUGGAUGCAGUUAUGCCAAGUAUUGCAGCCAAGAGUGUUUGCAGCAGGCCUGGGAUCUCUACCAUAGUAUAGAGUGUUCUCUAGGGGGGCUGCUUCUCACACUGGGUGUUUUUUGCCACAUUGCCCUGAGGUCGACUCUUUUAGCUAGAUUUGAGGAGGCUGGCAAAGUCAUAAAUAAGCUUUGUGGUGAGAUUACUAACAGGGAUAUCUGUUUACCUGAAAGCAAGAAUCUGGCGCAAAUACUCAGUUAUGACCUGGGAGGGGAGAGUAAAAAAAAGGGCAAAACAGUUGAGACCCCAAUUCCUGGGUGUGAUAUUAACGGGAAGUAUGAAAAUAAUUAUAAUGCUGUCUUCAGCCUUUUACCCCAUACCCGAAACCAUAGCCCUGUGCACAAAUUCCUCUGUGCUCUGAGUGUUUCUGCACUGUGCAGGCAGCUCGAAGCAGUCAGUUUACAGGCCUUCACAACAGGUCUGAAAUCAUCUAAGCUGAAAGCAGCAGCGGCUCCUAUGUUGUAUCCAGAGUGGAAUAUUUGGGGAGUGGCCAUGCUGAGACACAUGUUACAGCUACAGUGUAAUGCUCAGGCGAUAACAACCAUACAGCAAACAGGAUCUGAAGAGAACCUCAUUACCGACAGCAGGCAGGUGCGCCUUGCCACGGGGCUGUUCCCCGUUGUCAGCCUCCUGAACCAUUCCUGCAGCCCCAAUACCAGUGUGUCCUUCAUUAGCACCGUCGCCACCGUUCGGGCAUCUCAGCAGAUUAGAAAAGGGCAGGAGAUUCUCCACUGCUAUGGGCCCCACGAGAGCAGGAUGGGUGUUGCCGAGAGGCGCCAGAAGCUGAGGUCUCAGUAUUUCUUUGACUGCAACUGUCCCCCUUGUGAACGUGAGAAGCAGAGACCCUCGCAGGGGCCCAGGUGGGAAGCCUUCUGUUGUCACCGUUGCGGAGCACUCCUGCAGGGAGGUGACGUUCUGAGCUGUGGCAGCACAUCUUGUACGGAAUCAGUCAGCAGAGAUCACCUAGUCUCUCAGCUACAGGACCUUCAGCAGCAGGUGGGGAUGGCCCGGAAGCUUCUCAGAAAUGGCGAACUAGAGCGAGCCAUUCAGCUGUUGUUGGGAUGCCAGCAUGAUGCUGAGAGCUUCCUGUUGGCGGAACACAGCGUGGUGGGAGAAAUCGAGGAUGACCUGGCCCAGGCCUAUGCUGCCUUAGGGGACUGGGAGAAGUCAGCCACCCAUCUACAGAAGAGUCUCCGAGUGGUGGAGGUUCGCCACGGGCCAUCCAGUGUUGAGAUGGGCCAUGAACUCUUCAAACUGGCCCAAAUCUUCUUCAAUGGGUUUGUCUGCCAACAGUUACUGAUCAUCUGUUAUGUACAGAGCCCUGGACCGGAAAUGGGGACGCCGGGCAGAGCACACAGAAGCAGCAAUACAAUGGGCCUUUGAGCAGAGGUCCUUAACCUCAGGUCCCCAGGACAGAUGGCAUCAGAGGUCCCAAGAGCCCUUAAAAUCAUCUACAGAAAUGCAUACGUGGCAUUUCUCUCCAGUGCUUCAGGUGUUUUGUCCGAUUUCCAAAGAAAAAAGUUAAGAACUACUGACUUCGAAUUUUCAAAAGUCAGGUAUGAAAGACUUAGAAUGCCAGCAGUUUGGAGUUUGUGACAGUUUUUGAAAGUUUAACUUUGACUUCUAGAAAUAUAAGGUCUCCCAAAAAAAAAAAGAGAAAAAGAAGGAAAGAAAAGACAAGAAUUAACACCAGCAUUUGAGUGCCCAAUCUUUUUUUAAAAUUUUUUAAUUUCAUGCUUAUUAUUAGUUCCCCAAACCCACAUCCCCUGCAUUGGAAGCGCAGAGUCUUAACCGCUGGACCACCAGGGAAGUCCCUUGAGUGUCCAGUCUUGAGGGCCCAUUUCACAUUACCUUAUCAACCCUUACAGGAAACCCUGAGUGAGAGGAUAAGUUUAGAUAACUAUGCCCCUUUAUUUUGAGGAAAAAAGGCUCAGAGAAACUAUUAACUUACUGAAAGUCACACAGCAGGUAAAAUUUAGACAGCUGUCAGAUCUCAAAAGUCAUUCUAUUCCCACUACACCAUCCAGCCUGUCCCCGCACCCACUACUCGCCCUUCCCCUACAGACCUUGCAGUUGAGAUCAGAAUCCAAGCCGUAGCGUAAAAUGGCCUUAGGGUCUGACAUCAUGGGGACUUUCACGGUCCUCUCCUCAUCCAAGUGGAAAUCAUCUAGGGAAGUCUUUCUGGAGUCAAACUUUGUUACCCACUGCCCUGGAAUGAAACAAAUGGAGUGCCCUGAGCCCCAGGAGACCAGAAAGGCAUUGGGACCGUGCUGGGGCCAAAGCAUAUUGCUGAAAAUUGCCUGGUUACAGGAAUCUCAGUCGUCAGAGGCCCUGACACAUCAGGGAAUAGCUCUGUCUCAGAAUGUGCAGUCUGGACCACAAAAUUUCUAGGGUCCUGAAUACCUUCCAUACGUAAACUCAGGAGGAAAUAGGUAGAUUGUCGGGUUUAUUCAAGUUCUGUGAUAGCCUAGGAGAAAGGUAAACUGGUGUACACUUCUACAGCGUUGUGUCCGGAAGACAAUACAGGGAGGCCAGAGCUGGAAGGGACCUCGACAUCAUGUCAUCAACCCUCUCAUAGCUGAAAAAGCCCGGAACCCCAGAGAGGUGAAGUGAUUGCCAGCGCUCACACAGCAAGCCGACAGUUUAAUGUGGCCUUUAACAUGCUGGUCUGUAACGGCUUCUUUCAUGUCCUGGAGCUCAGUGCUUCAGGAAGGACUUUACUCUAGGAGUUUAGGGGUCCACUCUCAACACUGCCUGAUAGACAUUUUAAGGGGAGGCUGCCCAAAAUCCCACCCAAGGCUCAUAUGAAUAGGGCUGGCCUCACACUGGGCCCGUGGAAUAGACUUGGGCACAUCAACACAGCCUAGAAGAAUGUUGUUAGAAAACUAACAACGGUUUAUCAACUACCUGCUGUGUGCCCCGGGCAUGAUGCUAGGGUCCAUGUGAAGAUGGGAGAUGGGGGAAGGGGAAGGGGAAGCUGGGAUGAAGUGAGAGAGUGGCAUGGACAUAUAUACACUACCAAAUGUAAAAUAGCUAGUGGGAAGCAGCUGCAUAGCACAGGGAGAUCAGCUCUGUGCUUUGUGACCACCU